CCGCCCCGGGGGAGCCCGGCCGGGCGGCGGGGCGCCGGGGAGGGAUGGCUCCGUGUCUCCUUCCCCGAGGAGAAGGCGGCAGGUAGAGGCCAGCCCGGGAUGCGGCUGCUUCCCCCGGCGCUGUGCGCGUCGCCGGGGCCAGCCCGGCGCCCAGGGGUCACCCCAGGCACGGCCGCACCGCCCCGACACCCGCUCCGGCACGGGCAGCCCGACCUUGUCUCGCCAGGGGCCGAGCCCGGGGUUCGUCAUUCCUCCUGGAAAAAUGGCAGUGGCGUUGUGUUUCUCCGUGAUAUCCCACUCCCCCUGAUGCACAGCCCGGUUUUCCUUGAGGAGCAGCAGAAUCCUCCCUCUGUGCGGUUCGUAGCACCGCACAUCUCCCGAGUGCCGCUGCGGCCUCGCCAGCCAAAGGUUUCAUCCCGCUUUUCUGUAAGUGCACGGUGCUGUCUGCUCCUUGGGAUUCAGGAUACAACAAGGAAAAUCCCCAGUAGAACAGGUUUGUCGGUGAAGGCACCAAUGGAAAUGUGGAGCACCAGCAGCACUGAGAGGUUUUACAAGAUCCCUGAAGGAAAGGGGCCACACUCGGUUGGAUGUACAGACCUGAUGACAGAAGAUGCAGUUGAGGGAAGCUUUUUGCGCUUGUAUUAUCCAGCAUAUGAUGCCACAGAUAUUGAAGAGGCCCGAUGGAUUCCAGACAAAGAAUAUUAUCAGGGACUCUCUGACUUCCUCAAUAUGUACCGAGCUGUAGGAGAAAGACUUUUCCAUUACUAUGUUGGUUCAGUGACCUGUCCUGCAAAGUCAAAUGCUGCUUUUAAACCAGGAGAAAAAUACCCACUUCUUGUUUUUUCCCAUGGACUUGGAGCUUUUCGGACAAUCUAUUCUGCUAUUUGCAUAGAAAUGGCUUCUCAGGGCUUUAUAGUGGCUGCUGUGGAGCACAGAGAUGAAUCUGCUUCAGCCACGUAUUAUUGUAAGAGAAGAUCCGUUUCUGAGUCACAGGAAGAGUCCACACCUAACGUGGAGAAGGAGUGGAUCUACUACAGGAAGCUGAAAACUGGAGAGGAGGAGCGCUGCUUGCGCCACAAGCAGGUGCAGCAAAGAGCACAGGAGUGUAUCAAAGCUCUCAAUCUCAUUCUUAAAAUCAAUUCAGGAGAGGAAGUAACGAAUGUACUACAUUCAGACUUUGACUGGAAUAGCCUAAAGGAUUCUGUUGAUACUAGCAGAAUAGCUGUGAUGGGACACUCUUUUGGUGGUGCUACAGUUAUUGAAAGUCUCAGCAGAGAAAUAAGAUUCAGGUGUGGCAUUGCCCUGGAUGUAUGGAUGCUUCCUGUAGGUGAUGACAUUUACGAAAACAGCGUCCAGCAACCACUGCUGUUCAUCAACUCUGAAAAAUUCCAGUGGGCUGAGAACAUCUUAAAGAUUAAGAAGCUCAUCUCCAAUGACAUAAACAAGAAAAUGAUCACUAUCAAGGGGUCAGUACAUCAGAGCUUUCCUGACUUCACCUUUGUGAGCGGAGGAAUCAUUGCAAGAUUUUUCAAAUUAAAAGGAGAAAUAGAUCCAAAUGAAGCUAUUGAUAUCAGCAAUCAUGCUUCAUUAGCCUUCCUACAGAAACAUCUGAGUCUUAAGAAGGAUUUUGAUCGGUGGGAUUCUCUUGUGGAUGGCAUAGGACGCAAUGUUAUUCCUGGAACCAAUAUUGUCACAUCUCCAGCUGAACCUGAAUAAGGAAUUCAAAAAAGUAUUGAAAAUGCCACAUCAGGACACUAAUAUUGGUCAGACAUUGCUUAGACAUGUGGUGGUAUUAAACGUCUACAAAGCUUCUGGGGUGUGGAACAAAAAAAAA